CUGAAAAUCCCCUCCGCAACCAUCAACGAGCAUAAGUCUGCCGCUAAACCCAUCCAGAUUUCAUCAAUCAAGCGCACGCUCGUCAUUUCGACAUACGGAAUAAUUAGUCAAGAUGGUUCUCGCCGUUGAUCUCCUCAACCCCAGCCCGGCCGCCGAGGCCCGCAAGCACAAGCUCAAGACCCUUGUGCCUGCUCCCCGCUCCUUCUUCAUGGACGUCAAGUGCCCCGGCUGCUUCACCAUCACCACCGUCUUUUCCCACGCCCAGACCGUCGUCAUCUGCCAGGGCUGCACGACGGUCCUCUGCCAGCCGACCGGUGGCAAGGCCAGACUCACUGAGGGCUGCUCGUUCCGGAGGAAGUAAGCGGUUCGCUCGCGGCUGUUUUCUUUCUCUGGGAAUCACGGGCAUGGUAAUGGGAUCAUCUCGGUAUCUGCAAGGCCGGUUCGAGCCGGGCGUCUAGACACUUUACUCUCGAUCGUCAAAUGAAUCUCGUUUGCGGAUAGAAGAUGGAUUCGCCAAAAAUCACCCCGCACAGCAACCCUGGGAUGGCGUUUGGGGGUCCGGAUAUCUAGCAUCAUCGACUUCUCCCGGCUUUUUUUCUCCGCGAUCUGCGUUUUCCGACGUUCGUCUUUUGCUGUACAGGCAGGUGAUACUGCAUGGGAGGAUCGGUGGCAGAGGCAUUUUCACAAGUGUCCAGACGGACUUGCCACGGGCGGGUGGCGGGCUGCUGAACGCGAGGAUGUGGAGAGCUGAGGACCGCCGAGGGCCUCGGUGGAGCGGCAAGGAAAAAGGGGGGACGGUGUGGUUUACGACAAAUUGACGAGAUUGCAUGUCCAUG